GGUUUAGAGCCAGCGCUCUGAGGUGAGCUACCCGUCUUCUGCGGCCAACAGUGGGUGACACUGGGUGAGAAGAAGCAGCUGAAUCCGGAGUGAAAGUCUGUACAAUAUCCGUCGAUAAUGUCCUACUUGAAACUUACUUCCCUGCAGUCCCUCCCUCUUAGUAUUUGGUGUGAUGCUUCCGUCCAGCAGCUUAUGUGAGGCGAUCCUCCACGCCCCUUCUCAACCGAGAGAGUUAUUUACUAUACGAGUCCGCUUUUCCUUGAUUUCAGAGGGCCUAUGCUUGCCUUUUGAACAACAUCACCAUCAAACCAAGAAACACUGAGCUCUGUACAAGAACGCCUCCGACAUUCAUACGGAGAGGGUGACAGCCUCCCUCCGUCUGUCCCGCCCUGCCCCGCUGUAACCCGACCCCACCCAGAGGAGCAGACUGCGUUGCCUCCGGGUGGAGACGCACCUCGUCCCCUCCACCGCCCGCCCCGUGCCUCCACCCACCCCUCCUGCUCCUCCUGCUCCUCCUCCUCCCUCUCCAUGGCGGAGGCCGGCUCGUCCCCGCAGGACGAAGCCCCGCUGCCCCUCCCCUCGCCCCGCACCCCCCUGCAGCUCUCCUUCCCCUUCCAGAGGGAGGGCAGCCGCGUCUGGGACCGGGAGAGGAAGCCCCCAGUGCCCCCCCGGGACCUGCCCAGCCCCCUGCCCACCAAGAGGACCCGCACAUACUCAGCUUCCGUGCGUGCCACCUCCGGUCCGGUCUACAAAGGGGUCUGCAGGAACUUCUCUCGGCCCCGGGGUCACGGCUUCAUUCAGCCCUCCCAAGGGGGAGAAGACAUCUUUGUCCACAUCUCUGAUAUUGAUGGGGAAUACGUGCCCAUGGAAGGAGAUGAAGUCACGUACAAGGUGUGCCCCAUCCCUCCCAAGAACCAGAAGAUCCAGGCAGUGGAGGUGGUGAUCACCCACCUGAACCCAGGAACCAAGCACGAGACCUGGGCCGGGCAGAUCAUCAGCUCCUAGACGCUGGGUCUAGCCCAGGCUAACCCCAGUUGUAGGGUUAUGGGGUUGGACUCUGUGUAUGUCUGUGUGUGUGUCUGUGUCAGGGUGAGUUUGGGGUGUGUGAGGUAAAUGUGGUGAAUCCAGGAAGAACAUCUUGUUGUCUUGAUGGUUUGGGAGCUACAGUUUGAGCGCUUGGUGGGCUGGAUGUUUUCAUGGAAGUUGAGACGAAUGGGUUUAUAUCCUGGGAUUGGUGUAUGGGUCCAAGGAUGUUGUACCUUAGCUGGUUGGAUGUUUUGAGGGGAUAAGUGGAUUAGGUUGGGGAUCAGAGUUGAAGGGACUGAUGUUGUUAUGGGUUUUAUAUUGAGGAAUUUGGCACUUGGAUCCAAACGGAUGAAUUUCCAAGGACCUUGAGUGAAUGUGGCUUUGAUUGGGUAUUGAUCGAUUGGUUGAAUAAAAAAGGGAUAGUUUCAAAAUUAAAAGGGCAAAAGUGAGCAGAGCAAAGCAUACAGCUCACCUUGAUGUUACGUCAAGGUGGUGUUGCAGCAUGUUGGAGGAUCAUUUCCUAUGAGGGUUGGAGUUAACAAUGGAGCAGAUGUGAUGAGACAGCAGAGCUAUCCUAUAGAGAAUCAAAUGGUUUGGUUCAAAAGGGAUUACACAGAGAUGAGACUGUGGAGCUAGUAAUUAAGGAAGGAAGGAAAGAAGGUAAGAUGAUAGCAGGAAAUAAGGAAGCAGGCCCGGGUAAGGAGAAGAACAUGAAGAGUUUAAGUGUGUAGUGAGGCAUGCGUUGGUACGAAGGGGCCGUGGAAGGUUUGUGUUUACCUAAUGGAAUGGAGGAAAGUAAAAUGAAAAUAAAAACAAAUAUGCACAUUUCUUAUCACUUUUAGAAACAUUGUGAAGGAUGCUGUUCUUUGUGAGCUUUGAAUUUGUGAUUGAUUGUAAAGAACUCUCAAACUUUUGCGAUUCAAUGACAAAAUGGUAGCCAAGGAGUUUUGAGAGUUCAGUGAAGUCAAAGAGAAAGACGACCAAGAGAGUGGGAAAACUUCUUAAAUUAUGAGUUUGAACCAUCUUUUUAUAUUUAUUUAUUUAAGUAUUUAUUUAUUUGUUUUCGGUCAGCAACGCAAUGGCUUUCUAACCACGACUAGACAGUUCAUUAAUAAAACGUGUCUUCAAGGCUAAGCCUGUUUAAAGCCCUACUGCAGCGAUACUGCCCUUUGUAUGCCUUCCUUCAAUUUUCAUGGCAAGAAUUCAGAAAACAAUCAAUUCAAUCUUCCACAAUGCAGUAAAUAAUGUCGUAUGAAUGUGACUGUUGCCUUUUUACAGACGAUGAUGUGAUGUCCAAAAUGGAUGAACAAAUACUGUGAUGUUUUGGAGAUUGUCAUGUUCUAAUCUUUCUUUCGAUUAAAAUAAGUGUGGCUAGCUUCAGGCAGGAACUCCUUCGGUUAAAUGUUAAUUUGUAGUAGCAUUUUCCAUAAGCCCCUAAUUUGUCACCAUGAUUGUGAUUGGACAUUGUAGUGAUUGUUAUCUUUGUUGUUACUUUGCCACGGAUAAACCAGGGACACUGUAAAUCACGUUGGCUAUACGUGUCUGCUAAAUUACAAAACAGUAAUGGAUAAACCAGGGGACAUUUUCGUGUGUCUUCACAAGCACUUUUAUGUCAAAUCACUGUGACACUGUGUAUUGUCUCCUAGCGGAAAUAAAAAAAAAAGUAAUAUAGCCAAA